CUCACUUUUACCUCUCCUUCUUCUUCCCCAAAUAGCUUCACAUAGCUCUGAGGGACAGAGACCCACAGUCCACAGAGAGCAAAGCAAAGCAAGAUGCUUUUUCAGGUGGGAGGCCAAGGGACUCGUCCCACCUUCUUCGAGAUGGCCGCCGCUCAGCAGCUUCCGGCCAGCCUCCGCGCCGCCCUCACUUACUCCGUCGGCGUGUUGGCUUUGCGGAGACCAUUUCUGCACAGGGUUCUGGACUAUGAAGACGAGUUCUUUGCGUUCCUCAUGCUGAUUCUCGAGACUCACAGCUUGCGAACCACAGAUGCUUCGUUUUCGGAAUCUCUGUAUGGACUUAGGAGGAGGGCUGUGAAGAUAAAGGUGCAGAAGGACGAUUCUCGGGUGAACUCAGGUGAUGAAUUUCAUCAUUCUGGGUUGGAAAGGAGACAGAAAGUUCUCUCAGUUGUGUUUUUGGUUGUAUUGCCCUACUUCAAAUCGAAAUUGCACGCAAUCUAUAAUAGGGAAAGGGAAGCGAGACUACAAGCAACUUUAUGGGGAGAUAGUGGUGAGAGAUUUGACGACGCUGACAUCAUUGAUAGGGGCGAGGGUUCUGUUGUUUCAACAAGUUUGGAUGUGGAAGCAUCAGUUAGGACACGUUUGGCAAAGAAGAUCCAGAAAUUGAUUGGUGCUUGCUACCCAUGGCUGCAUGCUAGUAGUGAAGGAUUUUCAUUUGCUUACCAGAUGUUAUACUUGUUGGAUGCGACGGGAUUUUAUUCUUUAGGAUUACAUGCGCUUGGGAUUCAAGUUUGUCGAGCUACUGGGCAAGAGCUGAUGGAUACUUCUUCGAGAAUUUCAAAAACAAGAAGCCGUGAACGUGAGAGACUUCGUGGUCCUCCAUGGUUGAAGGCGAUACAAGGAGCGUUGCUCAGUGGUACAUACACGGUCCUGGAUUAUGCGCAGACUGGUUUAAUUGCAGCAGUAUUCUUUUUUAAAAUGAUGGAAUGGUGGUACCAAUCUGCUGAAGAGAGAAUGUCAGCUCCAACCAUAUACCCCCCACCUCCACCGCCUCCUUCUCCCCAGGUUGCCAAAGAGGGGAUUCCACUGCCUUCCGAUAGAACUCUUUGUCCUCUUUGUUCACAGAAACGCGCGAAUCCAUCUGUAAUUACAGUUUCUGGGUUUGUCUUUUGCUAUGCCUGCGUUUUCAAGUAUGUUUCUCAGUAUAAGCGGUGUCCGGUCACAUUGAUGCCUGCUAAUGUCGACCAGAUAAGAAGGCUCUUUCAUGAUGUGUAGAAAACCCAAAUGGAUAAUAUAUCAAAGGAGAAACAAUAUAGUUCCCUUUUCAAAGGGUUGUAAUCGAGUCAGAUGAUGCUAGGAUGUAGUAUGGGGGAAAAAGAGAGAAUAAAGAGAAUUCCCUCUUUUAAUCAUUUUUCGUAUUGUGUAUUUCUGAUGUAUGGUAAAUUCACAGAUAUAAAAAUUGUAGCGCUAGUUGGUACAAUUUGAAAGAGAUGUUUAGGUAUUUGUAUUCCUUUUGUUGUUGGAAUCACAGUUUAUAUUAACUUAUCAAAUCUAAUUCGUUAGUGCAAUGUAAUAACUUGCUUUGGAAA